AUGGGCAGCAAGCGCAAGACCACCAGUUCCGAAGAUCCCGACAAGUCCUCCUCCCCCUCCACCGCCACCCACCGAGCUCGAAAACGCUUCGUCGGCGUUCGCCAACGCCCCUCCGGCCGCUGGGUCGCUGAAAUAAAAGACACCAUACAAAAAAUCAGAGUUUGGUUAGGAACCUUCGACACUGCCGAAGACGCCGCCCGCGCCUACGAUGAAGCCGCUUGUCUUCUCCGCGGAGCCAACACCCGCACCAACUUCUGGCCUUCCACCACCACCCACGCCCUCCCUUCCCGCAUCACCACCCUCCUCCUCCACCGCCUUAAAUCCAGAUCCCCUGUUUCCGCCAUAGCCGACGAAACCCAAGCUCAAAGUCACGGCCUUUUAACCCCCGCGCCAUUCGAGAACCACCCGCAACCUCAGCCCCUCGUCAAGGAAGAAGAGGAAGAAGAAGAAAGCGGGAAUGACGAGAUACCAUUCGAGUAUUUCUUAAACGAGCCGUGUGACAGCACUGAUGUUGUUUCAGGGGAGGUGGACGAGGAAGGGGAGGAGAAGACGGGCGUUGAUUUAAAUGAGAUGGAUUUCGAUCAGUUCGGAGGGAGUUAUUACUCUCCUUUCGAGAUUGCGGAGGGGAUGGGAGAAGAUGAAUGGAGCGGCGGUGAUGACGGCGCGUCGAUGCUCGGCGCCGCCAUGAGGAGGAUGAAGUAUGAGAGAAAGAUUUCGGCUUCGUUAUAUGCUUUUAAUGGGAUUUCGGAGUGCUUGAAGCUGAAGUUGGGGGGGAGGAUGGGAGGAGGAGGAGGAGGAGGAGGUGAGGCCAUGAGCGAACAGCUUUAUGGUUUGAGCAAGGCGUGUAAGAGACAGAGAGUGGAGGAGAUUGCAGAGAGGUUAGAGGUGAAGAAUGAAGCUUUGGAGAAUGAUUAUUCGACUAUUCUUCAUUCUUCUUCUAAUUCUUCCUCCUCCCCCUCCUAUAGUUCUUACAUGAAGAAGCCGCCGGCGGCGGCUGCUGCUGCGGCGGCGGCGGCGUUGAAUACUGAAGUUGAAUUGUCGAUUUGGAGCUCUCUUGAUCUCUCUCCAAUAUGUGUGGCUUCUAAUGCUGUUAAGCUGUGAUUUAACCGCCCAAAGAUUAAGCUUUUUUUUUUUUU